AUGCGCAUCCCCAUCGCCCUACUCGUCGUCACCUUUUCUGGUGCUUCGGCCUUCUCCACUGCUCAAUGCGACGCUGACUGCGCUGGCACUUACCCUGGGUCAUACUGCAAGUACUGGAAGAACCCUAGCGUUUGCUUUGGCUCGGAUGUUCCAUGCAACUGCGGCACGAGCAUAUCCCCUGAGACUCCUCGUGAUUGCGAUGUGGGUUGUGCCUUGGAUACUCCCGGCUCGUACUGUAAGUACUGGAAGACUCCAAGUGUUUGUCAUUCGUCCAAUGCGCCAUGCACUUGCGGGGCUCCCACGACUCCUGAAAUCAUCACUGAGGAGGUUUUGGUCAGUACGACAGCGCCAAUUGAGAGUCCUGGACGUGAGGGGGUUGAGGGGACCAUCUCGUCUGUGGCUACACAUACCGCCGACAUUAUCACCUCUACGGCAUCAAUCACAAGUGACUCCUCAGGAGUAGAGGGUGGGGCUAUCGAGUCAACCACGGCAGCCGUCGUAACCGAUGAGGUUGACGUCACAACUGUGCCUGGUGAGUCGCCUGGCCUUGAACAGGAGGAUGACGAGGUUUCUACAACAACCGAAGGUAUGGUGGUCACCACUACGAUAGCGCCAGCUGCCGCAGUCACCACGACCUUCUCGACCACUUCUACUGCGGCUCCUGUAACUGAUGAGAUUCCAGUUACUACUGGAGCUGGGGAACCGUCUGGUAGAGACAAGGAUGAGACUGCUGCUACGACCUCCACAUCCGAGCUGAUGACUGUCACGAUUGCCGAUACUACGGCUAAUUCUAUCAUUGAGACGACCACUGCUAUUGUCUCAUCAACCCCAACGGUGACUCCUGCGCAUACUUCACCAUCGGUGGUCACUGAGGAUGCUCCAGUUACCACUACUGUCGAUGGCUCGGAUGGUCGAGACCAGAUGGAAGUGACCAGCGCACCUUCCACUACUGAAGUCUUUUCUACGGUCGAGGUGACUUCUACUGACACCUCUGCUGUAACACCCACUACUGCAAGCGCCACUACCGGUGUCUCCGCCACUGCUGAGGUCACCACUGCCCCCCUGCCGACCUCCGCCUUGGUCACUGGGGCUGUCACUACUGUCGACCCGAGUCCCUGA